AUGUCAAAAAAAAUCAAGACUGACAGUCAGAGUGGUCCUUCUUUUCUCAAGGGCUCUCAAACUCGAAUUUUUCGGCCCUUUCGCGCCAUUGGAUAUGUUACAAAUGACGUACCAUUUGACCUUCAAACAAAAGGGAAUGCAUAUUUUGUCACAACAUGUAUAGGCAAUAGCUUUCACACAUAUGAGUGUGCCAAACUUCAUUUGAAAUAUGUAGGUACACAAACAGAGAAACCUAUAACGGCACUUGCUUCAUACGGAGACAUCAUUUUCGUAGCUUGUGCAAAAGAUCUAAUUGCUUUCAAAUUUGGUAAAGAGGACAAUGUCGUUAUACUCUGGGAUCAUAAGUCUGGAGAACUAUAUUCUGAAAUUCAAUUUGAUGAAAAUUUCACGGUAUCAACUAUUAUUCAUCCAAGCACGUAUUUAAACAAAGUAUUACUUGGCAGUAGGCAAGGAACAAUGCAAAUUUGGAAUAUCCGGACAAAAAAAUUGAAAUAUUCAUUUUCUUCGCUCGGAUCUUCAAUUACAUCACUCGUACAAUCGCCCGUUGUUGAUGUUGUCGCGAUCGGUCUACUUGAUGGCACAAUAGUCCUUCAUAAUAUCAAGUUAGAUGAACGUAUUAUGUCUUACAAACAAGAGGGUUGUGUUACAUCUAUAACUUUCAGAACAGCUCUUUGGAACCUCGAUGAGAAAAGAUUAUCACAUAUUAUCAAAGGUGCUCAUGAUGGAUUAAUUCCUUCGAUACAAUUUCUUAACGGCCAGCCUAUAUUACUUACUUCUGGAGCCGAUAAUUCUAUCCAAGAAUGGAUUUUUGACUCUUUGGAUGGAGUUGAGCCUCGUCUUUUAAAGUCAAGGAGUGGUCAUCAUUCUCCUCCAACUAAAAUUGAAUUUUAUGGAUCAGAUGGUCAUUUCAUUCUAAGUGCAGCUGGUGAUAGGUCAUUAAGAGCAUUCUCAUUUAUACGAGAUUCACAAAGCGUAGAAUUGUCUCAAGGAUCCAUACUCAAAAAGUUCAACAAAUCUAAAGAUCAUAUAAGAACUAUUGAUGCUCUCAAGUUACCGCAAAUAACCCAUUUUUCUUCAUCUGAGGUAAAGCAGAAAGAGUGGGAUAAUAUUAUUUCUUGUCAUAUGAAUAAUAAUGGGGCUCGGACAUGGUCAUUUCAAUCCAAAGUUAUUGGCAAACAUGUUCUUCGUACGUUUGAUGGAUCACAUAUUAAGGUUUCAAACAUAAGUGCAUGUGGAAAUUUCGGUUUCAUCGGAUCAUCUUCCGGCUAUAUUGAAAUGUUUAAUAUGCAAUCCGGCAUUCAUCGGAGAACCUUUGCUGGGGAAGAUAAACACACAAAAGCCAUUUCUGGCAUAGCAAGUGAUGCGCUUAAUCGUAUUGUGAUCAGUAGCUCUCUUGAUGGCACUGUUAAGAUUUGGGAUUUUAAUACAGCAAAAGUUAAGAGCACGAUAGAAAUAGAGUCUCCAAUAUCAGUUUUACGAUUUCAUACCGAAAAUGAUUUGUUGGCAAUCGUUAGUGAUGACUUGUGUAUUCGCGUUAUAGAUGUAGAAACUAAUAAAGUUAUUAGAGAGUUUUGGGGGCAUAAAAAUCGAAUAACAGAUUUGACAUUUAGUCCCGACGGACGGUGGAUCGUUUCUACAUCUCUUGAUGCUACAAUUCGUACUUGGGAUCUUCCAACUGGCCAUCUAGUAGACAUAUUUCGAGUGGAAAAUGUCCCAACUAGUAUAACAUUCUCACCAAAUGGUGAUUUUUUGGCAACUUCACACGUAGAUCUUGUGGGAAUCUUCUUAUGUGUUACAUUGAGGAGAAUAGAUGAUGAUAAUAUUUCUUUGGUUGAGCUUCCAACCACAUUGGGCAUAGAAGAUAACAAUGAAGAUUUGUUUGUAUCUAAUUCUAAUGAAACAAAUGAUGUUUCAUUUGAAACACCGGAACAGCUCACGGAGCAAAUGAUAACUUUAUCAUCGCUUCCAAAGUCUAAAUGGCAAAAUUUAUUGAAUUUAGAAACUAUUAAGAAACGAAACAAACCUAAGGAACCUCCCAAAGCUCCAGAGAGGCCACCAUUUUUCCUCCCUACACUACCCGGAGUUGAUCCAAAAUUUGUUCCUUCCAUUGCCUUAAACGAAUCUGAGGAAGAAAAGAAACAAAAAGGUGGUAAAACUUUAAGUUUGAAUGAUAUUAAAAUAGAGACGGAGUUUUUAAAAAUAUUAAAAAGGAAUCACUCUACUGGAGAAUACACCGAGUUCUUCAAUUAUGCGAAAACUUUGAACCCUUCCGCAAUUGACUUUGAAUUACGUACUCUGAGUCUUGACAAUAAUUUUGAAGAUUUAACGUUUUUCUUAGAUGCGAUAAAAUCAAGACUAAAAUCUAAAAAAGAUUUUGAAUUGGUUCAAGCAUAUUUAAAUCACUUUUUAAAAAUUUAUGGCGAUAUUAUUACUAGUAAUUACGAAUCACUCGGAAGUCAUUUAGAAUCAAUAUUAAAUGAGCAUAGGAAAGAAUGGAAUAGAAUAGAUGAACUACUACAUUAUAAUAAUU